CGAAUCAUAACGGGGUAUUCAUCUGUGCCUCCCCUAGCGGAGACGAGGCGGAUUUACAAUGUCAAAUAAAAAAAGCAGGGAUGAACGCCAUGUCUGAUCCCGCUGUUGAGGGGUAGAGAGAGCGAAUACAGCUGGCGGACUUCGAGGAUUCGAGUCGGAGCGCGGAAGCAGGCUCGAUGUCGGAGAGCGCGGGGAUUCCUCAGGGCUCCCCGGCAGUGGGUGCAGCGGGCUCGGCUGCGGCUGCGCCAGGAGUCGGUGGAACCGAGUGUUCGGGCGCUGCUGUCGGUUCUGCACGUAUCGCCGUCAAGAAGGCGCAGCUCCGCUCCUCCCCGCGUCCGAAGAAACUGGAGAAACUCGGCGUAUAUUCCUCGUGCAAGGCUGAAGGAGCUUGUAAGUGUAAUGGCUGGAAAAGUCAAAACCCGCCUCCAACUCCGCCCCCUCCAACCCCGCCCAGGGCUGAGCAGCCAAUUGCUGUUAACUUAAUGGAGCCCUGCAGAAGCUGCAGCCACGCCCUCGGUGAUCAUGUGACACACCUGGAGAAUGUGCCUGAGGAGGAGAUGAACAGACUGCUUGGAAUAGUGCUGGAUGUGGAGUACUUGUACACAUGCGUCCAUAAAGAAGAGGACCCUGACACUAAACAAGUUUACUUUUCUCUCUUCAAACUGCUACGGAAAUGCAUCCUGCAGAUGGGAAGGCCUGUUGUAGAAGCUCUGGAAAGCCCACCUUUUGAAAAACCAAGCAUUGAACAGGGCGUGAACAACUUUGUGCAGUACAAGUUUAGCCACCUACCAUCAAAAGAGAGGCAAACCAUUGUAGAGCUUGCAAAGAUGUUCCUCAACCAGAUCAACUACUGGCAGCUGGAGACGCCUUCACAAAGGAGGCAAAGAGCACCCGAUGACGAUGUGGCGGGUUAUAAAGUCAAUUACACCAGGUGGCUGUGUUAUUGUAAUGUGCCCCAGUUCUGUGACAGUCUCCCUCGGUAUGAGGCCACACAGAUUUUUGGCCGCACUUUUCUGCGAUCUGUGUUCACUGUAAUGAGGAAACAGCUGCUGGAACAGGCCCGGCAGGAGAAAGACAAACUGCCACCUGAGAAACGCACACUCAUUCUUACACAUUUCCCCAAGUUUUUAUCUAUGCUGGAAGAAGAGGUUUAUAGUCAUAAUUCGCCCAUCUGGAGUGAAGACUUCAUGGUUCGAUUAUCAGGUGGACAGAUUCCCACAGUGAUCAGUGCUCCGCCCGUGACCCGCCCCCUGUACUACAGCAGUAGUCCCGCCCCGGUGGAGCUGGUCGGAGGAGGCAGUGUAAGUCCGGCCCGGAAAACAGCAUCCGCUUUGGAGCCCAAUCCAGGUGGAGAAAAGCGAAAGUCUUCCGAGCCGUUGUCUCACGAGGACAACAAACGACCCCGUGUGGUUGGCGACAUUCCUAUGGAAUUAAUUAAUGAAGUCAUGUCUACCAUUACAGACCCCACAGCCAUGCUGGGACCAGAGACCAGUCUUCUCUCUGCUCAUUCUGCACGUGAUGAAGCUGCUCGAUUGGAGGAGAGGCGUGGCGUCAUCGAGUUCCACGUCAUUGGGAACUCCCUCAACCAGAAGCCCAAUAAGAAGAUCCUCAUGUGGCUCGUCGGCCUGCAGAACGUCUUCUCACAUCAGCUGCCCCGCAUGCCAAAAGAAUACAUCACACGCCUCGUCUUUGACCCGAAGCACAAGACUCUGUCUCUAAUAAAAGAUGGCCGUGUUAUUGGGGGAAUCUGUUUCCGGAUGUUUCCAACUCAGGGCUUCACUGAGAUUGUCUUCUGUGCUGUCACUUCCAAUGAACAAGUCAAGGGUUAUGGGACUCACCUCAUGAACCAUCUGAAGGAGUAUCACAUAAAGCAUGAAAUUCUAAACUUUCUCACCUACGCGGAUGAAUAUGCCAUCGGCUACUUCAAAAAACAGGGAUUCUCUAAGGACAUUAAAGUGCCGAAGUCAAAGUAUGUGGGCUACAUUAAAGACUAUGAGGGGGCCACACUCAUGGGCUGUGAACUGAACCCCUGCAUCCCUUACACUGAGUUCUCUGUCAUCAUCAAGAAACAGAAAGAGAUCAUUAAGAAGCUUAUAGAGCGCAAGCAAGCACAGAUUCGGAAAGUCUACCCUGGCCUGUCCUGUUUCAAGGAGGGAGUUCGCCAGAUUGCCAUUGAGAGUAUUCCAGGAAUCCGUGAGACUGGCUGGAAGCCUUUGGGGAAGAGCAAAGAGCUGAAGGAUCCAGACCAGUUGUACAGCACCUUAAAGAACAUCUUACAGCAGGUCAAGUCGCACCAGAAUGCAUGGCCCUUCAUGGAGCCUGUAAAGAAGAACGAAGCACCUGGUUAUUACCAAGUCAUCCGCUUCCCUAUGGACUUGAAGACAAUGAGUGAGCGCCUGAAGAGUCGGUACUAUACCACACGGAAGCUGUUCAUGGCCGACAUGCAGAGGAUCUUCACUAACUGCAGAGAGUACAACCCUCCUGAAAGCGAGUACUACAAAUGUGCCAACCUACUAGAGAAAUUCUUCUACACCAAGAUCAAAGAGGCGGGCCUCAUCGAUAAAUAAUCGAGCUAGGGGACACAGGUGGUCCGUUUCCCUUUCUACCUCUUUUCCUCCACAUUUAUCAUAUAUGUAACUCCCCAUUGUUUUUGCAUCAAAAGAAAGGUUUUUUUUUUUUAAAUGAAGACAUUUAAUGGAAUAGUUCACCCAAACUUUUUAAUUUGCCGAAAGCUUAGUUAACCCCAGGCCUCGAGGUUUGUUUGUAGUCUGUAAAGAUUUGGAGAAAUUUAGCCUUGUAUCAUUUGCUCACCAAUGGGUCCUCGGCAGUGAAUGGGUACCGCCGGCAUGGGAGUCAUAAUAUCUGUUAAAAGCAUUGCGUUAUCCACAUGAUUCCAGUCGAACAUCUCAUAUAUCAAAAAGCUGCGUGUUAGAAGCAAAUCCUUUAUUAAAGCAUCACUAGGCAUUAACUGAUAGAUUUCUGUGGUUUAUUGUGAUGUUUUUAUUAGACUGACGGCACCCAUUCACUUCAGAGGAUCCAUUGGCGAACAAGUAAUGUAAUGUAAAUUUCUCAAUCUGCUGUGAUGAGCAAGAAACAAAUCGACAUUGUGGUUGGCCUGAGGGUUUUUACAGUUUCAGGAAAUUAACAUUUUUGGGUGAACCGUUUCUAUAAGUAUUUGGCGCGUGUGAAUAUACGCAUGACUGCCAUGUGUGAAAAUGUCUUUUUCCCCGUCUUAAAAAAAAAUUCCUUCUGCCAAAACUGCGGAACAAUUUUACGGUAUGUAAGGCUGGAUGCUUUCGGUGUGCAUGUGUUCUUGCUA